CUUAAAUUCAGGGUCAUCUUGGAUUUGGGUGAAGAGGGUAAUUGGUUUUAAAUGUGAAUAGUUAUUGAGGAAUAUACAUCAAUGCAGAUAUUGGGUUUGAUAUUCAGUGUGAAGUCUAGCUAGCCAAGAUAGUGAGUGAACUACCAUAUUUACUCGAAUCCAAGAAAACUUUGAAAAUAAGGCAACCCCACAAGUAUUAGAUUCCUAGACAUGGGAAAUUAUACAUCUGUUGUUAUUUUGGAGGUUUGUCUUAAACUAAUCCCCCCAACCAUUGUGCCAGAGAAAGCAGUGGAUCUGAUCACCUUUCAUUCAGGUUAAGAAGUUGCAAAGCUCUUUCUUGAAGAAAGAUAGCUAAAAAAAAAUGUGAAUGACCACCAAAAACAGGUCACAUAUAAGGCCUGGUAACAAUAGAUUUGUGUGAAUGGAGAUUGUUAGGGGCUGAAUGUGGGAAGCUCAAUUUUGUUUGGUUGUCUGUGUCUCUGGGCAGAAGCAGGCAAUAAGAACACAGACAGCUGCAGAGAGAAAUUAAGGAAAAAGCAAGAAGAGUACUCUUGGCAUGUCUCUGAAAGAAAGUCAAAAGAGAACAUGUGCAAAGUUUUGACUGGGAAAAAAAUUGGAAUUGUUGACAAAAGGAACAGCCUUCUGUUGUUUGUUUGGCUCCUGUGGUGUUCAGGGAAAUGGGACUCUUUACAUGCAUAGUUUUGAAAGUAUUUUAGAAGGGCUUUAUGGACCAAGGCUACGAAGAGACCUCAGUUUAUUUGAAGACUGUGAGCCAGAAGAGUUGACUGACUGGUCUAUGGAUGAGAAAUGUUCCUUUUGUAACUUACACAAAGAAACAGUCAGUGAUCGUACACCAAUUAUUGGUUCUUCACAGUCAACACCUACAGAGGAACUGACAUCUCAGGGCCAGUCCAACACUGAUAAGAUUGAAUGCCAAGCAGAAAAUUAUCUAAAUGCACUCUUUCGAAAGAAAGAUCUUCCUCAGAACUGUGAUCCUAACAUUCCCCUAGUUGCUCAGGAAUUAAUGAAAAAGAUGAUCCGUCAGUUUGCAAUUGAAUAUAUUUCAAAAAGUAGCAAAAUUCAAGAAAAUAGAAAUGGUUCAUCAUUUGAACCAGGUCUGAUAUGUAAAAGUAUCCAAAUGAACCAAACGGAAAACUCCCUUCAGGAAGAACAGGAUAGCCCUCUAGACCUCACUGUGAAUCGAACUCAAGAACAGAAUACUCAGCAAGGGGACGGAGUGCUAGAUCUCUCUACAAAGAGAAGCGCAAGGUUGGAAGAGUCAAAAUAUGAUCCAUCGUGUUCUGAAAAUUCAGUGUCUGGGAGACUACACAGACACAGAGAGGACUAUGUGGAAAGAAGUGCUGAGUUUGCAGAUGGUUUGCUCUCAAAAGCUUUGAAAGACAUUCAGUCUGGAGCACUGGACAUAAAUAAAGCAGGCAUACUUUAUGGCAUACCUCAAAAAACUUUACUUCUCCACUUAGAAGCCUUACCAGCAGGAAAGCCUGCACCUUUUAAAAAUAAAACUCGAGAUUUCAAUGAUAGUUAUUCAUUUAAAGACAGUAAAGAAACUUGUGCAGUGCUGCAAAAAGUAGCCUUGUGGGCAAGAGCUCAAGCAGAGCGCACAGAAAAAAGUAAACUCAGUCUACUUGAAACCUCAGAAUUAAAAUUCCCAACAGCUUCCAGUUACCUCCACCAGUUAACUCUACAAAGAAUGGUCACUCAAUUUAAAGAAAAAAGUGAAAGUCUACAAUACGAAACUUCAAAUCCUACCGUACAGUUAAAAAUUCCUCAGCUAAGAAUAAGUUCUGUAUCCAAACCACAAUCUGAUAGUGCUGGUCUUUUAGAUGUUAUGUAUCAUGUUUCCAAAACCUCUUCCGUCUUAGAAGGAUCAGCUCUUCAAAAAUUGAAAAACAUACUCCCUAAACAGAACAAAAUUGAAUGUUCUGGACCUGUAACUCACUCAAGUGUUGACUCCUACUUUCUGCAUGGGGACCUCUCUCCUUUGUGUCUUAAUGCUAAGAAUGGAACAGUUGAUGGAACCUCAGAAAAUACAGAAGAUGGUUUGGAUCGCAAAGAUAUUAAGCAGCCAAGGAAGAAACGUGGUCGCUAUCGGCAAUAUGACCAUGAAAUAAUGGAAGAAGCUAUUGCAAUGGUAAUGAGUGGGAAAAUGAGUGUUUCCAAAGCACAAGGAAUUUAUGGGGUACCUCACAGCACUUUAGAAUACAAAGUUAAAGAAAGAUCUGGAACACUGAAGACUCCGCCGAAGAAGAAACUCCGAUUACCAGACACUGGGUUAUUUAAUAUGACAGAUUCAGGGACUGGCAGCUGCAAAAACAGCAGCAAGCCUGUGUAGAUUUAUUGUUAGCAAAUUGUUUUUUGUGUGUGUAUGUAUGUCUGUAUACACACAUGUGAGAAGUACAUAUGUUCACUCUUACAGAAGACAUGAAAUGAUACCGUUCAAAAACCACAUACAUGCCUUUUUGAAAAAUAGUUUUAUUCAGGGUUUUCACUGUGGACAGAAUUAUAGAGUUGCUCACUUAAUUCUGAUAGUGUGUAUUUAAUAUAAUCCUUGUACAAAUAGGUGAAAAAGAUUCAGGUUUUAUUUAGUAGUCAAUAGCAUAAAAUGUUUUGGGAAAACAAGUAUUUGUCAUGUGAAGCAUUAUUUUUAAUUGGUAAAGAACCACCCUAGCCAUUCAAUAAACCAUCUAACUAUGGAAAUACAGAAUUAAUGGUUUUCAAACUUUAAUACUUCACAAAAUACUUGCAAUAAAUUGUAAGUAACUCAGAUUAUACAAAUCAAGGGAUUUUUUUCUUCUUUUAAAAGAACUAGUUCCUUACCAAGGAAGUGGACGUGUGAAGUAUUAGUAGGAUAUAGUACAUUCUGUGGAAGAAGAAAUACAUCAUAACUAAAUAUCCAAUACAAAUAAAAAAAACAAUUUCAUUAAUAAAAAUGUGUGUUGGCAGACAUAAAACUGCAUUUUUAUCAUUUUAAGAGUUUUGUUGUUGAUUUAGCAAGAAUUGGUGUUUACAAAAUAUACUUAUGAAACUGACAAAUUACUGUAGCUAUAGAAUUAUUAAAUAUGAAAUAAGAUGGAAUACUAAGAGCAUAACCUAAUUUAAACUUUAUUAAUAUAAUUUUCCUUUUUAGUUUGGAAAAUAAACUUGUAAGGUAUAAGAAGAAAGUUGGAAUGCAACUUAGAGCAUGUUCAUAAUGUGCACAGAAUGAGCUUGAGAAUGGUUAUUUUGGUUUAAAUGUGCUGGUUAGUUGAUGUUAUGACUACUUAAAAUUUAUUUAAGGAUUGUGUCACACUCCUAUUGAAACCUCACUAUAACUGAAAUGUAUUGCUGCUGUGACAUUUCAAAAUCUUUUCAGUUUAUCAAAAUGAAUAUCAAGUUUUCAUUUUGGUGGGCCGUUACAUUAUCAUUUUGCUAAUAACCAAAUUUGCAGUUCAGGGUCUUGAUAGAAAUACAAAUAUUAAACAGUAAAGCUGUUUUGAACUCUCAUUAGUAUAAAUUCUUUAUAAAUUUGGUAGUUAGAAGCUAGGCCAUUCACUUUAAAUAGAUAACUUAUAAUAGAAUCUAAGAGAGACCAGUUAUCUUCAGAUUGCAGUUUUUAUGUGAUUUUCAAAAUAUUUACAUUGGAUUUUAUAGACUAUGUAAUUUUGGUGGUAUAAUGUCAUAAAGCAUAUGUUAACAUAUGAAGAAUGAGGGCUUGCUUUAUAUGUUCAAAAUUCAACAUCAAUGCCCUUUUUCCAUUUAAAAAUUAGGUUUAGAUUAUUUCUAGACACAUGAUUUGGCUUAGAAAAAACACUUUUAUUUUCCUUUUAAAAUUUUGCACACAUACAUUUUCAAGUAUGUUUUUCACUCAAAUGUGCUGAUGUAGAGAUAAAUUUGCCUACGCAUCCUAUCUGAAUAUAAGACUACAUUAGCCAUGCAGGGGUCACAUCACUUCAUCAACUUUUAGAUAGGCUUGCUGUUGAACUAAUUCAAUGGUGAGUUUAUGUUUAAAAUUUUCAAAAUCUAGUCCUUGGUUAUUUACCUUAUUACAGUCAAUUAUUUAUAUUUUUAAACAAAUGAAUCUGUAAGAAAUUAAAACUGCACAGCCAGUAUAUCAGUUCUUUGGUCUCUUAGAUCUAUACUGAAUCCUCUUCAGCUAUUAAGUUUUACUUGCAUAUUAGAAAAUGAAUCCUUUUUUUUUAACAGAACUGUACCUAAUAACAAAGGGAUCACAAAACAGCAGAUGUCAGGGUCAUCUUUCAUUUUAAAGAAGUAAGCCAUAUUUAGUGAGGGCCAGAAAGAUUAAUUUGUUAAUAUAUCCCCCACUGGAAAAUAAAGUUGAAAAUACUUAAAUGUUUCAAAAACUCUCUUUAUACAGAAUUUUACUUGCAAACUUUUGGGCUUCAGUAUAUUGCCUAAUAUUUGUACCAUGCUGAAGUUUUUUAUUCCUCAGACAAUAUUAUAAAUUGAGUCAGAAGUUUAUAUUGAAGGCAAUUUACAGUACAUUUUUAUAUCAUUUAAAAGAUGACCUGACCAAAUAAUUGACAGGAUUCAUAAAAUCAGGGAUCAUUUUACUAUUGACUUAACAGUGAUUAGUAGUUUUGUAUGUAAUAUUAUAAUUAAUUUUCUGCAUUUUAGUAAUUGUAUUUAUUUAUUUUUUGGUCAGAAAUAGUAUAUUAAAAUAUUUUUUGAUAGUUUAUAGAUGAUACUCAACAUGUAAGUGUUUAAAAGAAACAGAAUUAUUUGUUUCUAAUUAUUAGGCUAACCUUUGAUUAUACAAGUAAGGAAAGGCAGGGAAAUGUUUAGGUUCCCCUUCCCCCAUCCUAGUGUAUUCCAUUUAAAUGUCAUUUAAAUUAUACUUUUUGAACUGUUUUAUAAAUUCAGUUACCAGUCACUACUUAGUAAUUGACAAUUUCUGAAAAUUCAUGUUUCAGCAGACUUUUAAAUGAAGGCGAAAGCAAGCCCUACAUGCUUUCUACUUAUUUGAAUGUUUCUCAAGUAUUUUAUAUUAAAAAACAGUGCCUCUGUUUUUAGAACUACUGCUCAGUAAAGUUGUUUAAACCAUUUCUGGUAGCUAAUGACAAUUUUAUAUUAAAUUGUAUAUUAACUUUAGUGAGACUGAUUUUUUUAGUUGUUUACAGUACAAAUACUUGUAUUUGUUUUUUAAUUGCAGUAUUUCCAUUGUCGCAGUAAUUUAGUAAAACUCUGUGGCUGCCUUGAUUUUUGACAGAUUUUGUUAAUAACUGAUUUUUAGGCAAUUAGUUAUAUUUAUGCAUAAAUCAAUUGCACUAUAAUUCAUGAAUUAUUUAUUACAAUAUUUUCUAAUGAAUUUCAUGUAUUUGUCUUGUGUUGUAAAUGUACUGUAAUUCUGUUUCUUCUUUGUGUUGUUAUAUACCUAAAUCUGAUUGUAUGAAUUUAAUUGUUUAGUUAACGUGUUUCUACGUUGUAAUUUGUAGUAAAGCACUUCAAUGCUUUUGCACAUAAAUUUACAACAACACUGAUGUGUGAUUGAUUUGCUCAUUCAGUAAAAAAAAAAAAAAA